UACAAUUCUAUAUUUAUAGUAAAUAUCUAAUCUAAUUAUAAAAAAUGGACGAAUCAAAAAAAGAACCUCAAACACUAAGUGUCGAAGAACUUAAAAACAAGGGCAACGAAUGUGUAAAAGAUGGGAAAUUCAUUGAAGCGGUUUUACAUUAUACACAUGCUAUUAAAAUGGAUCCUAGCAAUUAUGUUUUGUAUAGUAAUAGGUCAUUUGCAUUCCUGAAUCUGGACCAACAUUAUUUAUCAUUACAAGAUGCAAAUGAAACUGUGAAAUUACAACCUCAAUGGGCAAAGGGUUACUUUCGUCGUGCUGAAGUUGAAGCUGCUAGUGGGCUGUAUGAUGAAGCAAUUGUGUCAUACACUAUAGCUUUAAAACUUGACCCUCAAAACCCGAAACUGAUGGAGUCCAUUAAAAAUAUAACUGAUAUGCAAAAGCAGAAGAUACAAAGUAAUCAAAACACUAUUUGGAUAUGCACAUGUUUGGGAUUCAUUGUUGGUAUAGCAGUUGUUAUACUGGAUUACUGUUGCACAACCAAUCCCACAUUAGGGCAUCCUUUCAGUAUGGUUGCAUUUUCAAUAGCAUUAGCGGGUUUAGGCUGGUCUAUUGGAAAGUCUGUAACAUUGAUGAAUACAUGGGGCGCAGGCAAGUCACUCCAGCCACCUGAGGAAUUAAUUGGAAGUGACAAUGCAAAUAAAGAAACUGCACAACCAGAAAAGAAACCAAAAUAUAGUAAAGCGCAAGCAAGACAGAGGUUUAAACAAGGAAGACUUUAGUGACUUAUACAUGAUGUUCAUUAGUUGUAAUGGGAAUACGGGAAAUAUUGUAAGAAUUUGCUGUUUUUAUUAAUGAUACUUGCCAUUCUUUUGAAUGUUUUAACUUACCCUUAGUAAAUCAAUAUUUUAAAAAUAGCAUAUUAUUUGGGUGGAUCAACUCCCACUAUCUUCCUUUCACCAGUUUCUUCAAUUCUUCAAAACUGACAAAAUUAAGGCCACAAUUUGUGAGGCACAUGAGUGUGACAAUUUGGUUGUUGAUAACA